AUGUCGACGCCAGAUCCACUUCUCGACGAGCCUAGGGCGUCGGGCUCAGCAUCUCCUAGCAUGGGCGCAAAGGUCACCGCGACAUUUCAGAUCGGUGGCAUGACCUGCGGGGCGUGCGUCGAGACCAUCGAGAGGAUGAUUCGCUUACAGCCAGGCAUCGACUCCAUCUCGGUCGCUCUGCUCGCCGAGAAGGCCACCGUCACCUUUGACGACUCCAAAUGGACACCAGCCAAGAUCGCUGAAGAGAUCGAGGAUACUGGCUUCGACGCAACUUUCCUCGACAUCAUCCGCACCGAGCGACCCGAAUCCAGCCUUGGAUUCAAACAAGUCUCGUCUGUUCCAGCAGCAUCAAUACCGCGGCAAGACACCGCUCAACUCAAUGUGUACGGCAUGACGUGCGCAUCGUGCUCCUCCACCAUCGAGCGCGAGAUCGCCAAGAUCGAUGGUGUCAAGUCAAUAUCCGUAUCGCUCUCAACAGAAAAGGCCAGGAUAGACUACGAUGCAAGCAAGCUCGGCAUCCGCGACCUGGUCGAACACGUAGAGGACCUCGGCUUUGACGCAGUCGUGAGCGACGAGCGCAACUCGACACAGCUCGCCUCGCUCGGUAGAAUCAAAGAAAUUGCAGAAUGGCGCUCCGCUUUCCUCUUCUCCUUGUCCAUGGGCCUGCCCGUCUUCUUCCUGUCCAUGAUUCUGCCCAAAUUCUCCUUCACUCGCAGCAUCCUCUGGUGGCAGCCAAUACCGGGACUCUAUCUCCAAGAUCUUGCCUGCUUGGCUUUGACGAUCCCCGUGCAAUUCGGCAUCGGUCUGCGCUUCUAUCGCACUUCCUGGAAAGCGAUCAAGCACGGCAGCGCUACCAUGGACGUCCUCAUCGUCAUCGGCACCACCGCUUCGUGGGUCUUCAGUGUCUUUUCCAUGAUCGCAAGGCUAUUCUGCGUGGAUGAGCCCGCAGACGCGAUGUCUCAAGCCGCGUCAAUAGCAGCACGGGGAAUGGCCAUGAUGGGAACCAUCGUGCCAGGCCAAUGCACCAAGCCAGCCACCUUCUUCGACACGACCACCAUGCUCUUCACCUUCGUCUCCUUCGGCCGCUUUCUCGAGAACACCGCAAAGGGCAAGACCAGUGAAGCACUCUCACGCCUCAUAAGCCUCACACCCACCUCGGCUACUAUCUACACUGACGGCGCCGAGGGCAAGAUCGAGAAGAAGGUCGCUUCCGAGCUGGUUCAACGCGGAGACUACGUCAAAGUCGUGCCAGGGGAGAGGAUCGUCGCCGACGGUGUGAUCAUUCGCGGCGAAUCGACAGUCGACGAAUCCAUGGUCACCGGCGAGGCUGUUCCGAUCCACAAGAUUGUCGGCAGCAGCGUCAUUGGAGGCACCGUCAACGGGACAGGGAGCUUCGACUUCUUUGUUGAGCGUGCUGGCAAAGACACGAGUCUCGCGCAGAUUGUGAAGCUCGUCGACGAGGCGCAGACGUCGAAAGCACCCAUUCAAGCCUUUGCCGACCGAGUCGCGGGCUACUUUGUUCCCACCGUGGUGGGCCUUGGAGCGCUGACGUUCAUCGCCUGGAUGGUCAUCGCGCAUCUGCUCUCGGGCCACAUGCUGCCGUCCAUCUUCAACCAACAAGGCGUCACCAAAUUCAUGGUUUGCCUGAAGCUCUGCAUCAGCGUCAUUGUUGUUGCGUGCCCAUGCGCGCUGGGCCUCUCGACGCCCACAGCAGUGAUGGUCGGCACUGGAGUAGGCGCGCAGAACGGCAUCCUGAUCAAAGGCGGUGGUCCUCUCGAAGCCUCAACCACAAUCCGCCGCAUGUUGUUCGACAAGACGGGUACGCUUACUGUCGGCAAGCUUACUCUGCGCGAGGUCAUUUGGUCGAACAAGGAGCAGAACGGUCUUGACGCCAUCGCUGUGGGAGGUCUGUCACGUCGGCAGGUGAUUCGCAUGAUCGGCGCGGCUGAAGCACGCUCAGAGCACCCGCUUGCACGCGCCAUCGCUUCAUGGGCCGCAAGUCAGCUCAAGUCGAGCUCAGGCGUCGCCAUCCAAUCGCAGCAGCCUGCCGGCCUCGAGAAGGACGUCUUCACCAUCGACGGCGCCAGCAUCGAGGAGUUUCAGAGCUUGACGGGCAAAGGCAUCGUCUGUCGCGUUCAGCUGGAGGAGACCAUGACCGUGCACGAGAUUAAGAUUGGCACUCCUGAUUUCGUCUCGUCUGGCGAGAAGCAGGCACUCGACGACAGCGCUUUUGCCUCUCAGACUCCCGAGCUGCUUAUUGAGCAGCAGUCGAAGGGACGUACCGCCGUGCUCGCAACCGUCGAUGGCUCCCUCGCGGCCCUUCUCAGCCUGAGUGAUGCACUGAAGCCCGAAGCGAAGCAGACACUCGCAGCGCUGCGUCGCAUGGGUAUACAAUGCGGCAUGAUCACAGGAGACGCUUCCACGACAGCUCGUGCCCUGGCUCGCGAGCUGGGCAUGGACGAGGAGAUCGAUGUUUACGCCGAGAUGAGCCCGAUCGACAAGCAAGAGCUCAUCCUCCAGCUGCGACGAGAAUCCGACCUGGUCGACCUCGAGCGUGGCGGUCGCUUCUCACCCUUCCGCGCCAAUGGCCAAUCCAAGUCAGCCGGCAUCGCCAUGGUCGGCGAUGGCAUCAACGACUCUCCUGCCCUCGCCUCGGCCGACCUCGGCAUCGCGCUCGGCACGGGCUCUGACGUGGCCAUCGAGGCGGCCUCGAUCGUGCUGAUGCGCUCCAACCUGCUCGACGUGGCGGCAUCCAUCCAUCUUUCGCGCCGCAUCUUCCGCCAGAUCAAGCUCAAUUACAUCUGGGCGACCGUUUACAACCUGAUUGGCAUCCCGCUCGCCAUGGGCAUCUUCCUGCCAUGGGGGCUGAGCCUGCAUCCGAUGAUGGCGGGCGCAGCGAUGGCAUUCUCCAGCGUCAGUGUGGUGGCGAGCUCCUUGACGCUGAAGUGGUACAAGCGGCCGAAGGAGCUGCAGUCGGAGGCGAGGGAGGAUCCGGCGGAUGAGGUACAGCUGCAGCAGAUGCUGGAUCGAUCCGAUGCAGGGGCGCUGGAUAGGGUCGUGGCGAAUCUGAGGGAUCUUUGGUAUCAGAUCUUGGGCAAGGUCGAGUCAGCGCUCUCUCAUCCUAGCCUCAGGCUGGGCCGCGGCCGCAGUGGAGGAAAUGGGCGUGGACCAGGGCAGUCGCAAGGGUACCAGCAGGUCGCUUCUGAAGACCCUUAG